UAAAGCUGCGCUCUCUGUGUGUUUAUUCAGUUGUGUUAUUGAGGAAUGGGUGAAAUGAGUAGAGUCGCCGCUUCGGGGUCACACUGUGUUCUUUUUCAGUCGACUUCAUGCUUUGAAGAAGACACUCUUUGGCACUAAAAGGACUUUCUCUCGACUUCAGUUUCAGCAGGAAGUUUUAAAAGUUGUGAGAUAUGACUUCAGAAGAUAAAGACUCAAACACUAUGCUGGACCCCCUGCUUAUCCAGGAGAGUGGGGAAGUGUACAGAAACCCCACUGAAGUGCAGAUGAGUCAGAUCGUGCUGCCCUGCCAUGCCAAUCACUGUGGGGAGCUGAGUGUCGGACAGCUGCUGAAGUGGAUGGACUCCACAGCCUGUUUAUCUGCUGAGAGACAUGCAGGUUGUUCCUGUAUCACUGCAUCAGUGGAUGACAUCCAUUUUGAACACACCAUAGGGGUAGGAAAGGUUGUCAAUAUCAUUGCAAAGGUCAACAGAGCCUUCACAUCCAGUAUGGAGGUGGGCAUUUUGGUGACUUGCGAGGACCUUUACACUGACAAACAGUGGAAGGUUUGCCACGCCUUUGCUACAUUUGUUGCCAGAAGAACUGAAGCUGGGAAGGUACAGCUCAAGCAGGUGAUCCCUCGUACACAAAUGGAGCAGAUGGAGUACAGCCUGGCAGCAGAGCGGAGGAGGAUGAGGCUCAUCCAUGCUGAGAUUAUCACAGACCUACUGAGCAGCAGCACAGCUCAGCUGGGAGAAUGUCAGGAGUAUCACGACGCUGUGCCAGCUGAGCGGACACGUGUUGAGAGUGUAGAGCUGGUGCUUCCCCCACAUGCCAACCACCAAGUCAGCACUUUUGGGGGCCAGAUCAUGGCCUGGAUGGAAAAUGUGGCUACGAUUGCAGCAAGUCGCUUGUGUAACGCUCAUCCAACCCUGAGAUCCAUAGACAUGUUCCAUUUUCGUGGGCCGUCUCACAUUGGGGACCGACUCGUACUGAAAGCCAUUGUUAACAAUGCCUUCAAGCACAGCAUGGAGGUGGGAGUAUGUGCUGAAGCCUACCAGGGUGGAGAGCCUCUGCGCCAUAUAAAUAGUGCCUUUAUGACCUUUGAGGUGCUGGACAGUGACAGGAAACCGUGCACGUUGCCACGGAUGCGACCCGAGGCUGUGGACGGAAAAAGACGUUUUCAAGAAGCUAUUGCCAGAAAGAAGAUUCGUCUUGAUAGGAAAUAUAUUAUCUCCUGCAAGCAAACUGAAGUGCCCUUGUCUGUGCCCUGGGAUCCAAGUAACCAGAUGUACCUGAGCUACAACAAUGUCUCAGCACUGAAAUUAAUGGACAACAGGAACAACUGGGUGUUAGCUUCUGAGAAAAAUAAGGUCAGAUUGUACACACUGGAGGAAAACCACAUGCUGUGUUUCAAGGUGGAGAUGAAUGUCAGCGUCCCAGCAGAACAGACGUUCCACCUACUGUCAGACCUAAGGAGGAGAAAGGAGUGGGACCGGCAUUAUGAGGAGUGUGAGGUGAUCAACCAGGCAGAUGAGGAUGACACCAUCUAUCGCGUAGCUGCACCCUCUGUCACUAAAGGGGGAAAAGGGAAGGAUUUCAUCUUGCUGGCAUCUAGAAGGAAGCCCUGCGAUUCCGGUGACCCAUAUCUGAUCGCUCUGCGUUCAGUCACUUUGCCCACUCACCCACCCACGGACGAGUACACGAGGGGAGAGGUGCUCUGUGCUGGCUUCACAAUCUGGGAAGAGUCCAGUUCUGUUACCAAGAUCACUUACUACAACCAAGCCACACCAGGUGUCCUCCCCUACAUUUCCACAGACAUUGCCGGCCUCUCCUCGAGCUUUUACAGUGCCUUUUCAGCCUGCAGCCAAUUCCUAAUGGCCAACAAGGAUAGCUUGGCUGCUCUGCCACCCUCUGCACUGUGACACAAGAGUACUAGCACAGACAAUAAGUAGCAUCAGGAGGAAGGAACAGGAUCAUCUCUGUCUUCAUCCCUUUUCUUGUGAAGGUGCUUAAAAAAGCUGUAGUUCAAUGUAAUUUUGCAACACUGAGAUUAUAAAAGGCAUUGAAUUUGUAGUUGAACUUGCUACUUUUUUGCACCAUGAAUAUUGGGCAUGAUGUAACGGUACACUAUAUUUCUGACGUUCUUUUGGAUUUUAGUCCCUUAGAGCCUAAACUUUUUGUGCAAUAUUAAUUUAUAGAUUAAUGAUCACUUUUUGGUUUUAAAUAUAUAAUAAAAUCCUGUUGUUUAUCUUGAGAAAGCCAUGUUUUUAAUGGCAUUGCCAGUUUUUACAAAUAAAGGAUAAGUUGAGUUGUUCAGUUUUUCUUAUUGUCUAUUUUGUACCAUCACGACUGAAGUGACGAUUAAACCUUUUAAAUAAUGGAGCUAGCGUGUACAUUUCAUGUGUAAUGAUGCUGUAUUAUUUUAAAUCCACAGUAUAUAAUUUUGCACAGUUGUAAUUGAACUGAUUGUAUGGUAUGUGGAACCUCGAUGGUCAAGAAUCUUAAAU